UCUACUGGGCUAUUAAGCAGCUCGGCCAGGCUCGGAGAGGGGAGCCUGGAGGGAGGUGCCGGUGGGCAGAACAAAGAGACCCCAGAACAGCACAGGCAGCCUGAGGUAAGUCCUGAGGUCCACAUGUUCAUUCAACAAACACUCGUUGACGCACGGGGAGUGAUGGCAGUGGGAUUGAAACCUAGGAGUGGGGCUCUGGAGUCUGUACCUCUCUGGGGAACCACCAGGCCGGCCAGGAUGAGAUGUUCUCGGCCCCGCAGCACAGAGGUGGCCCUGCCUGUAGCUCUGAGCAUCGUCACCCUCUUCUUCUUCAGUCUGUACAUGUCAUCGCCUGCCUUCCAGAGCCUGAAGGAGCCCCGGGACAACCCCGUGGCCCUGACCUGGCCCUCUCUACCCUCUCGGCCCGCCCCGCGCCCCCCGCCCGCCCCCUGCAGGGCCAACGCCUCCGUGGCCACCCUGCCCAACUUCGAGGGGCAGCCACAGCAGGUGCGUGACUUCCUGCUGUACAGGCACUGCCGUGACUUCCCGCUGCUGCAGGACGUGCCCCUGGGCAAGUGCGCGCCGCCUGUCUUCCUGCUGCUGGUGAUCAAAUCCUCGCCCAGGAAUUACGAGCGGCGGGAGCUGGUGCGGCGCACUUGGGGCCGCGAGCGCCAGGUGCGGGGUGCCCAGCUGCGCCGCCUCUUCCUGGUGGGGACGGCCCCUAACCCCCUGGAGGCUCGCAAGGUCAACCGGCUGCUGGCGCUGGAGGCACAGGCGCACGGCGACAUCCUGCAGUGGGACUUCCAUGACUCCUUCUUCAACCUCACGCUCAAACAGGUGCUCUUCCUAAAGUGGCAGGAGACUCGGUGCACCAAUGCCAGCUUCGUGCUCAAUGGGGAUGAUGACGUCUUCGCACACACAGACAACAUGGUCUCCUACCUGCGGGACCAUCAUCCCGACCGCCACCUCUUUGUGGGGCAACUGAUCCACAGUGUGGGGCCCAUCCGGGUUCCCUGGAGCAAGUACUAUGUGCCAACAGUGGUGACACAGGAGGAGCAGUACCCUCCCUACUGUGGGGGGGGUGGCUUCCUGCUGUCCCGCUUCACGGCCACUGCCCUGCGCCGGGCCGCCUCCACACUGGACCUCUUCCCUAUCGAUGAUGUCUUCCUGGGCAUGUGCCUGAAGCAGGAAGGUCUGAAGCCCGCCUCACACGGCGGUAUCCGCACAGCUGGCAUUGGGGCUCCCUCGGCCCGCAUAUCCUCCUUUGACCCCUGCUUCUACCGGGAGCUGCUGUUGGUCCAUCGCUUCUUGCCAUACGAGAUGCUACUCAUGUGGGACGCCCUGAGCCGACCCAACCUCACCUGUGGCCAGCAGAUGCAGGUCUACUGAGGUGGGAUCAGGGCCCGCAGCCUCUAGGCUCUGGUCUCCACCCCCACUGGAAGGGGCUGCGUCUUCCUCCCGGGAAGCAGAAAGCUCUGUUCUCCCAAGUGGGCCGGGCACAGCGGAGCGCCAGGGCGGGUUUGAUGAGCGACUAGUCUAGCUGGCAAACUCCUAGACGUCCUGCAAAACCCACCCGGUCCUCGAACCUGUGUUCUAUCAUCCUCCCUAGCCUCUCAGCUGAAGGGGGACAAUCUCUUCCCAGGGCAGCGAAGUGCAGAAGCACUUCUGAGUCAAGGUCCCAUUUCCCAGCUCCGACCUUGAUCAUGGGACGGACCUUCCGUGGUGGCCAAGCCCUCCUUGGUAGUAAAGCCACAGUGGUUUAACGGUAGGUGAGUUCCAGCCAUGGUUCACGGUCCGUUGGGAACCCUAGGUCCA